AUGAGAGGCAGACGUGUUAAAGGUGUUUUGUACGUGAUGAUUUUGAUACCUCUUGUCAUAUUCGUUAUAGUUGAACUAACGCGUUCACGCUGCCAUGGAAGGAAUAGUGAAUCUGUCACUCGGGUAAAGUCGGGUGACGAGCAUCUAAUUGAUAAAACCGAUGCGGUGGGUAGACACGUUUUAAGUCAUGAAUGGAAACACACAAAGGAAUUUCUUCAUAAAGAAAGUUAUAACUUUACUAUAAACAAUCCUGAAGUUUGCCACACGACGGGCCGUCUUCACGAUGGGGUAUUUUUACUGGUUAUUGUAGUGACGACACCUCAGAAUUUCGUGCAGCGUUUACAGUUCCGUCAAACGUGGGGUUCCAGAACGCAGUUCAAAGACGAACAAAUCCGUACAUUGUUUCUAACAGGAAGAACUCCAAAUUCCACAAUGCAAUACAAAUUGAAGGCCGAAAACGACAAGCACGGAGACAUUAUUCAAGCCGACUUUGAAGACAGUUACCUAAAUUUGACACUAAAAACGAUCUUAGCCUUACGUUGGACGCUACAGCACUGCCCAAAAGCUCUAUACUUCUUGAAAUCAGAUGACGAUAUGAUUGUAAGCUACGAGAAACUUUCCGAAUAUCUGUAUAGUUUGCCGUGGAAGCGAGUGCCAAGACUGUACAUGGGAACUUUGUUGGUAAACAAACCACCUUUUAGAUCUAAACACCAUAAGUGGUACACAAGCUAUGACGAAUGGCCUGAAAAGCAUUUUCCACCGUAUAUUUCAGGACCGGCUUAUGUCUUGGGGCACAGCACCGUGAAAGAACUUUAUUCAGCCGCCAUGGAAACACCCUUCUUUAAAUUCGAGGACGUUUUCAUGGGAAUAUGCGCGAGAAAAGCUUAUUUAACACUCAGCCAUAACCAUGAUUUGCCAGACUUCCGUAUGGGUGAUCAUUACAGCUAUUGUCUAUACGAUGGAUAUAUCACAAUUCACCACGCUGCUUCAAACUUGCGCUGGCGAUAUUGGAAAGAACUUCGUUCAUCUCAGCGUCCAAACUGUACUGUCACUGGAUGGGAGGUUUUUGAUUAUUGCUCAGAUGUAGACGACUUUGAUCCAACAUACGCUGUGCAUGGCUGUGAAACCAUACAAAACUGGUGAUUAAUAGUACCCAAUAUUCUACAUCAAUGUACUGUUAAGGUUUUUUCAUACGUCAUUAAUUUUAUAAAAAAACAAAUAAACAACUAGAGUGGCGAUCAUACAGUGAAAAUACUUCUGUACCGUAUGGAUCACUUCUGAUUUAUAAAAUUGUUGUGCCGAGAAACACUCUGAUGUCCUGAGGAAUGUUUAUAAUAGGUCUUCACAUUCUAGUCGAGUACC